AUGAAGGUGUUGUUAGUUUUAAGUGUAAUAUUAGCUGGAAGUUAUGCUAGCCCAAGCAGCAGAAUAGCUGGGGGUUCGACCACCGACAUAGCAUAUUAUCCUUUUUCGACUUCACUGCUUCGUUUGCAAGACAACAGCUAUCGCCACCAAUGCGGAGGCACCAUAAUCAGUAGGAAUGCUAUUUUGUCCGCUGCAUCUUGCUUCAUCACGGGCACUGUCGCCGAUGAGCCAGUAUCAUGGCGGGCGAGAAUCGGGUCAACAUUUUCCAAUCGUCUUGGCUUGAUCCACAUGAUCAAACGCAUCACAACCCAUCCUGGCUACCUGCAAACGACGAGGGUGAAUGAUGUCGCUGUUUUGCGAGCUACGAUCGACUUUACGUACGGGAACACUGUACAAGCUUCUUAUUUGGCUGGUGGAGCUUAUUCUUUGCCAGGAGGAACAGCGCUGCAAGCUAUCGGAUGGGGUUCCACUUCUGCCACUGGCAGCGUCUCGGCAGAGCUGCGCAACACGACCAUUUGGGUUAUUGAGCAGGAGACUUGUGCCAAUCGGUACAACGCUCUUAAUUUUGCGGUGACCGACAAUAUGGUGUGUGCUGGAUGGGCUGGCGUGGGCAUACGAGGGCAGUGUCAAGGCGACACCGGAAGUCCUCUCCUCCACAACAAUGUUGUGGUCGGCGUGUUCUCCUGGAGCGAGGGUUGCGCUGAUCCUCAGUACCCUGGAAUCAAUACUAAAGUAUCUUCGUACGCGAGAUGGAUUGAAGCAACUGCGGUCGCCGCCUAA